AUGUUAUUUUCAAAUUUAGACAAACUAAUCCAAUUUGUCAUGUUAAUUUAUACUACUGACAACUUUAUUCGUUUUGUAUUAAUCUCGUCAUCUGUAACUACAAAUAGAUUGCAUCUAUAUGAAAAUAUGAACCAGUCAUCAGAAUAUUUAAAAAUGAAUGGUUUGCAGCGAACUAAUUUCAAAUUUUCACAGAAAUAUAAACAUGUAAAUGACCAACGUCAUCAUCAACAACGUUCAGACGUACCUACAAGGUUGCCUUCAGUUCAAGAAUGUAUAUCAGAUCAAUAUAAUUACAGUGUUAUUAAAGGUUGUUUAUGUUAUUUAUUUCAAAGCACUGGAUUAAGUAAUGGUUCGUUUGAAUUUAUAACAAACUUGCAUUUAAAUUUAUUUUGGAACAAAACAUCCAAAUGCAUAAUUUAUACAUUCGUUGGUGAUUUAAAAGAGAUCGUACAUGUACGUUUACUGGAAUUCAGCCUGCCAAUGAAAAUACGAAAAAUUGGAAGUAAUAAAUGUACUACACAAUUUAAAGUUUAUCAUCAGUUAGAACGAGCAGAAUUGAUGAGUAAUGAUCAACCGGAUUAUGAAUUAUGCGGCCAACACUUAAAUCAACUCCCUGUUCAUGAAUUUCAUUCGUAUGGACGUGUCAUGAUUAUUGAAUUGGAUCAGAUCACUAAAGAGAAGCAAAAAGUUAUAGGAUUUUAUGAAUUUCUUGACAGAGAUGCAUAUCACACUGAUGGACUACCAAUCAAAGCAACACAAUGUGAUCAACUAUUUUUCAGUUCAUCCUAUAUCACAAUUCAAGAUGAUCAUAACCAACAGAUAUCGCCUAAAAGCAGUAGUUUAAAUCAACAUCAUAAGGGCAGUAAUGAAGAAUUAUUUUCUUCACGUACAAAAACAAACGGGAAAUUUUUCAGUCCUAAUUAUCCACAGUUUUAUAAAGCAUCGAUGUUAUGUAAAUAUUAUUUUCUAGCUCAUUAUAAUGAACGUAUUGUAAUCAAAUUAAAUCAUGUGCAAUUAUGGAGUUACAAAAGUUGUCAUUACACCUCAAAACGUGAUACAAUUCAUUUUCAUGAAAUCACUACUUCAUUAUUUGAUUUAAAUUACUCUUCAUUUUUUCAAUUGGAAAAGAUUAUCCAAAACCCAAUUGUUUAUGAAUUAAAAAAACAAUUAUUGUUCUUAUGUGGUGAUAAAGAACAAACUAUAAUUAGCUCAGAUAAUCGAUUUAUGAUGCUGACUUUACAAACACAUGUAGACAGUGUUGGAGCUCGUGGAUUUGAAGGAGUCUAUCAAUUUUUAAGUAAAGAAAGGUUAUCUUACAGUCAAGGAAAUCAUGAUGAUAAGGACAUAUAUAAACAUAUCGAUAAAGAACUAUUUCGAGAUCCAACUACUAAAGGAUUCAUGAAUACUGAAAUUGAUUCGUCAGUUCAAAAAAAGACUAAUCAACAAAUAAAACACAUCUGGAUGAAUCCAUCGAAACUUCAAGGAACAAUAAAAUCUCCGAAUUAUCCAUCAUUUUAUCCACAGAAUUGUAAACUAUUAUACAUUAUUAAUAUACCUGAAAAGAGAUUGCUUCGAUUGAAAUUUUCAGAUAUUCAGUUAGGAAGUAACAUACCGAGUACCAAAUGUACGCAACAUGUGGGUGAUCGUAUAGAAAUCUAUGAAAAGAAUUAUUUAAAUAUUACACCCAAUUUAAUUUUGUGCGGGACAUCAGUACCACAGGAACAAAUAAUGUUCAAUAAUAAAUUUGAAGUGCAACGUGUAUAUAUUUAUUUUAUUACAGACCAUAUAACAAGUACAAAUGAGCUUGGUUUCAUGUUGUCAUAUGAAUAUUCCACUAAGAAUGAUUAUACUGAGAAUAAUAACAAAUUAUUUCUUAUUCGUAAAGAUUUAUCCGACAAGGUUGAUGAUGAUACAUGUCAGUUUACAAUUACAAGUUACGGAAAAGAAUCAAAUGGUUUUCUUCACAUACCAAAUAAUUUAAUUAGAACGAGAAAACCGUCUGAGUUAAACAACUGUAAAUGGAAACUUGAAGGUGGUUAUGGACAACGUAUACAAAUACGUUUUGUACGACGUCUAGAUAAUUCACAGCAAAUCCAUCAAUUUCAACGUUCACAAAUUACAUCAAGUGAAGUUAAUGAUAUUGUGUCAAAUUAUACGAGUGAUUUUAUUCAAUACGAUCGAGAAUUCGGGGGUUCCAUCUAUAGACAAAAACAUCAACCUGAUAUGAAUGAUAUACACGAAAUUAAAUCAUCUUUUUUAAACAGUUUAAAAUGUCCCACUUCAAUGACUUUGGAAUUGAUCAAUUAUCGUGCUGAUGUUUCAACUACUAACAAUGAUAUCAAUAGACUGUUAAAUAACCGGUUAAAUCCUAAUUUCGUUUCACAACAAAGUUAUUCAUUGUUAAAUUUAAAUGCAAUUUCUACUACACAAUUGACAUCACCUUUAAUCACCACAGAUCCCAUAGAGACUGUACCUUUAGAUCCUGUUCGUUUAUGCGCUGGGGAUUUUAUGACUUAUUCACCAGCAAAUAUAAUUCUUAAGAUCAAUCAAUCUAGAAAUGGUACCAAUAUUAAUAAUGAUAAUAAUAGUGACAAUAAUAGUAGAAACAUGAAACAAAACUUUCGGAGUAUUCAGCAUUCAGAUUUAGGCUAUGAUGUGCAGUAUAAAUUUGUCACAGAUUAUGGUGUUACAGCUUCUUUUGGGAAUCAACGGAAGCCAAGUUGCUUCUUCGAAUUCAAUCGUUCUCAAUCAAUAACAGGGAAUUUCUCAUCACCAAAUUAUCCUGGAUUAUAUCCAAUUGAUAUCAUUUGUGAAUAUCGGUUUUCUGGGCUAAAUGUAAGAAGAAUUGAUAUUGCAUUCUUGGAAUUUGAUGUAGAAAGUACUUCUAAAACUUGUACAGAUGAUACUAUGGGUGAUAAUGUUGAAAUUAGUAGUUGUUAUCCAACAGAAUUAUUCAGUACACCAAAACGUCGAUUAUGUCACAAACAAAGUCCAGUGGAUCCAUUCAGAAUUCAAUGGCAUCAACCGUGUUUAAACUUGAAAUUCUUCUCUAAUGGAAUGUAUGUGAGGACAGGAUUUUUCGGUGUUUAUGAAUUCCACGAUUUCGGUCAGCAAGGCAAAAAAAUCAGUAAGCUCUUGGUCACAUUCUUGUGCUUCGCUGUAAACAGUUUAUUAUUUUUAGUGAAAUGA